CAACCUUCCUGCAAAGAUGAAGGGACAGACACUGGCGCUGGCGCUGACCCUCGCGCUGCUGGUGCCGGCUUCUCAGGCCCGUCGCCUCGGGGGGGGAGGAGGAGGAGGAUUCGGGAUUGGAGGCGGAGGUGGAGGCGGCCACAACGGCGGCGGUAAUGGAGGCCACCACGACGGAGGAGGCAGUGGAGGCCACCACGGCGGAGGAGGCAGUGGAGGCCACCACGGCGGAGGAGGCAGUGGAGGCCACCACGGCGGAGGAGGACAGUGGAGGCCACAACGGUGGAGCUGGUGGAGGCUUUGGAGGAGGAGCAGGCGGAGGGCAAAACGGAGGUGGAGGAUUCGGAGGCGGCGCGGGAAUUGGAGGCGGAUCCGGAGGAGGAUUCGGAGGCGGCGGGGGAAGUGGAAGCGGAUCCGGAGCCGGAGGAGGAUUUGGAGGCGGCUUUGGGCGCUAAAUUCCCGAUCCAGAAAACCCAUCCACGCAACUUUUUCAACAUUCGGCAAAUGUAAUUGGCAAUAAACAAUGCUCACGAGCAAA